UCCUUGCUGUUCAAAUCCAUGCCAAAACCGAGGUGUAUGCAUGACAAAAGGUUUUGAUCAAUAUGAAUGUGACUGUACGCGGACUGGCUUUUAUGGGGAAAACUGCACGACACCGGAAUUUUAUACUUGGCUCAGACUUAAGCUAAAGCCUGCUCCAGACACGGUACACUAUAUACUCACACACUUCAAAGGCAUCUGGGAUAUAAUCAACAACAUUCCAUUCCUCCACAAUGCCAUAAUGAGAUACAUUCUAAUGUCCAGAUCCCACUUAAUUGAAAGCCCACCAACAUAUAAUGGCCGCUAUGGUUACAAAAGCUGGGAAGCCUAUUCUAAUCUUUCCUACUAUACUCGAACUGUUCCACCAGUGGACCAUGACUGCCCCACUCCAAUGGGUGUGAAAGGCAAGAAGGAGCUUCCAGAUUCAAAAGUAAUUGUAGAAAAAUUUUUGCUAAGGAGAAAAUUCAUUCCUGAUCCUCAAGGCACGAAUGUCAUGUUCACCUUCUUUGCCCAGCAUUUCACUCACCAAUACUUCAAGACAGAUACUCAGAAAGGACCAGCCUUCACAAAAGGUCUUGGACAUGGGGUUGAUCUUAGUCACAUCUAUGGAGAGACUUUGGACAGGCAGAUGAAACUAAGACUUCUUAAGGACGGAAAGCUAAAAUUUCAGAUGAUUGGUGGAGAAAUGUAUCCACCUACUGUGAAAGAAACUCAGGCAGAAAUGAUCUAUCCACCCCACAUCCCUGAUCACCUGAAAUUUUCUGUAGGACAGGAAGUCUUUGGCUUGGUUCCAGGGCUGAUGAUGUAUGCCACAUUGUGGCUUCGGGAACACAAUCGAGUCUGUGACAUUCUUAAGGGAGAACACCCAGAAUGGGAUGAUGAACAACUAUUUCAGACCACCAGACUGAUCUUGAUAGGAGAAACCAUCAAGAUUGUGAUUGAAGACUAUGUGCAACAUUUAAGCGGAUACCAUUUCAAACUGAAGUUUGAUCCAGAACUUCUCUUCAACCAGCAAUUUCAAUAUCAGAACAGAAUAGCAGCAGAGUUCAACACCCUUUACCAUUGGCAUCCUCUUCUUCCUGAUACCUUUCAAAUCCAUAACCAAGAAUACACUUACCCACAGUUCAUGUAUAACAAUUCCAUUAUGUUAGAACAUGGUCUUUCUCACAUGGUACAGUCUUUCUCCAAGCAAAGGGCUGGAAGGGUAGCUGGGGGUAGGAAUGUUCCUGCUGUAGUGCAGAAUGUAGCUAAAGCUUCUAUUGAUCAAACCCGGCAGAUGAGAUACCGAUCCUUGAAUGAAUACCGAAAGUACUUUCUGCUGAAACCUUUUACAUCAUUUGAAGAACUUACUGGUGAAAAAGAAAUGGCUGCAGAACUUGAAGAGCUCUAUGGAGAUAUUGAAGCUAUGGAACUGUACCCUGCUCUUCUUGUUGAAAAGCCACGUCCUGGAGCCAUCUUUGGUGAGACCAUGAUUGAACUUGGGGCUCCCUUCUCCUUGAAAGGUCUUAUGGGAAAUGCCAUCUGCUCGCCUGAAUACUGGAAGCCAAGUACUUUUGGGGGUAGAGUGGGCUUUGACAUUGUGAAUACAGCCUCCCUCCAAAGACUCAUCUGCAAUAAUGUGAAGGGCUGUCCCCUCACAGCCUUCCAUGUCAUCAGCUCUGAAACAGUGGCAACAAAUAAUGUCAGCACCUCCAGCAGGUCGAUAGAUGAAAUCAAUCCUGCCGUACUACUCAAAGAACGGUCAGCCGAAUUGUAGAAAGAAUCACUCUUUGUGUAUUUAUUUAUUAAUUUAUUUAUAUAACCAUAUUUAUUUAUACUUCAAACAAAACCACCACGGAGCUCUGUAUAUUUUCCUGUGCCCUGGCAUCUAGUUCAGGGUGUCUGACUUGAAGGUAGUUCUGCUUAGAUUUGCAGGACAAGAUCUCUUCAUUCUUCAUUAUGUCUUCGGUACCAGAACAGGAUAUUCCAAAAUGGAUCAAGGGUGUUAGAUUUGCUACUUUAAACACAAACAAAAACCUUGAAUGUUCUUUUUUUUUGUUUUUCAACUUGGCAUCAUGUUGUUAAAGCAGGUUAAGUGUUAUUAUUUCAGCAUUGUAAAAGUAUUUAAAAUAACUCAAGGAAGGGCCUUACCAAAUGAAUGAGGAAGAAAAAGAAGAGUAGGAAGUUAGCCAAGGUUAUGCAUUUUUCCAAUAUUAUUGAGCAAAAAAUUAGGAUGUAAAAUGUCUAAAUUGUGCUCUGUGUUAAGUGGUAUAAAAUCAGGAGGUGGAAAAUGAAUUUUCACAAGCAAUUUUAUAUGAGAAACCAUAAGGUUUUGCAAACUGACAAGUUUUUGCAACCUGAUUUCAUUUCCUGAGUAGUCUCAUCUCAAUUAAGCACAUGUAUUACCCUCUAUCCUUAAAGAAAAGGCUUUACUUUUUGAUUCAGUUCCCAUACAUUUCCUUAUUAAAUGAAUAGUAACAAGUAAUUCCCCCCAAAAUAUGAUUUGUUUUUCAGUGUUUUCAAUUUUAGCUCUCAUUCGCCUGAAAAAGUGAAAAAUGUGCAUGCAGUUUUCUAAUGAUCAAACCAUGGCUUGGCACAGUAUACAUGCUCUUAACUGAAACAAAUAUUUAGGAAAUACAUUUAGGAAGUCGUAAUUUGAAGAAAAGCAGAUUGGAAAGCUUUCAAAUGAUGAAAAUUUUUCAAUACCUGCAGUUACUGCAUUGCCUCAUGUAUCUUUCAUCUGUACCCUUUUUUAUUUGCAGAAGCUGUAAGAAAAUUAUACAAUACAACUAAAACCCAGUUUUACAUUCAGCAGUUUAUUAGUUGUCCAAUAAUCAGACAUUAAGUCAUUUUUCUCCUCAAUUUGCCAUAAGGUUUCCAUAGAGUAACUGGUAAAUAACUUUUUAUUUUCCUAUAUCACUUGUAUGGUGGGGAUUAUCCUGUCUCCCGUAGGGAAGAAAUGUGGGUUCUGGAUAUAAUUAAGGCCCAAACACUCUUGCUGAAUUUCAACAUGAUUUUGACAUCUAGAGUCUCUCUUUUAGCACUGCACUUUAUGCAAAGAAGGCCAGUUCAUCAUUAACACCUUAACACUACAUUUUGUCUAAUAUUAUUGGAAGUGUUCAGAUAGAUUGUAGAUUCUGUAGUUGACUUAUAACUUGAAAAAUGCUGUUCUCCUGUAUUAUGUUUGUUAAAUGUUAAAUAUUUUGUAUGUCUGAAAAGACAUGUGAAAUCUAAUAGGGUCUGACAGAAACAUACUACUUGCUAAGAAUUUUACUUUUUGGGGAAGAAAAAGGACCCUAAUUAGUCCCUAGCUUUGGUGGUAUGUGUAAAGAUUCUUUUUGCAAGAUGAACAAUUAAAGGGAAAAAUAUUGCUGGCUAGAAAAAGAAAUCUCAGGAUAGCCAAAUAGUACAGUUAGGGUGCUCUCAAUAAAGUCUUGUUGCUGUUAGUCUUCUUGCAUCACUGGAACUUGUAGAGGAGAAUCUCUAGCAGAUUAUGUCUAAAUACCUGAAUUUUUGCCGGGACAACACUGUCUUAUUCAAAUUGGUCUCCUGUAUAUCUUAAGUUUCCCAUUGCUAUGAUUUUUUUCAGUUGCCUUUUCUUCAGCAAUAGGGUACUCUGCCCUUUCUUGUACUGAAUGUUUAAUUUUAAUAUUUUUCCCGUAGUCCUUCGUCUUGGUCAGUGUUGCCUUUUGACUCUGUACAUUUUGUACAGUACUUGUAUUAUAUAAAUACUGUGUAAUAAUAACUGGUAAUAUAUUGUAAAAUGUUAUGCUACAGAAUCGUGUUUUUUCUGCAUUUUGUUCAGUGUAUUUAUCAAGCAGAUCAGUUUGCUCUUAUAAUAAGUUUCCAUUUCUUGAACAUGGGGGGAGAAAAACCAAGAAAACUAGUAUUUAUCUCAGCAAGCUGGUCUUGGUUGGGUGUUCAGAUUAUACUGCUUAUGUGCAAAAUGAAAGCCAUGUUUGCUGAGGUCUCAACUCAGAGAAAAUUUGAUACAUUUUUGUAUAUGAUCAAGUUUGCUGGAUUUGAAG